AUGGAUCCUAAUAACAUAAAGUUUUCAACAAAUAAUGAAAAGAUUUGUCCUAAUGAUGUUGUGUUUAAUAAAGUAAUAAGUAUGUCACAUUUGGAAAGUAAAAAAAAUAAGGGUGUACUGUUACAUAAUCCAAGUAUAAACAACCAUGAAAUGAAAGAUGAACAAAAUUUCUGUAGAGCGCAAUAUGUUCUUGGCGUAAAUGGGGAUAAGUACAGUAAUUCCAACAAAGACUCUUCCGAAAACGCCAUCAGUAUGACAAUCAAUUUGCAGAAUAAGAAUGAGCCAAGAAGCUUGCAUCAUAAAAAUGAGGAGACCAAUAUGCGAGGUAAAUAUAAUACGGAUAAGAAAAAAAACAAAAACUACGUGAAUAUGUUUAAAACUAAUAUGAAGAAUGUUAUCAACAAUAUAAUUAAUAGGAGUUUAAUAUCAGGGGAAGUAAAUAAUAAGGACAUAAAUAAUAUAGAAGUGAACAAAAUAAGUACAGAAAGAAAUAAAGCGGAAAAUAGGAUACUAUACAAACAUGAAAGUAUAGAGUUGUCUAAUACAAAUGGGAAAGGAAACGAAGUAAAAUUUACACCUUUUAGUUCUGUUAAAACAGGAGAGAUAAAAAAAAUCAACAAUGUAAAAAGUAGCAAUAAAGAAAAAGAUCCUUUACUUAUUAAAAGAUCAUUGCUUAAAUUAAAAAAUGACGAUAAACAAGUGAAAGGAAUAAAUAUAGGAAAAUGCUUUUCCUAUAGUACAAAUAAGCAUAUGCUUUUAAAUGAAAAUGUAAGUUGCAAGAAUAAUUUGGAAAAAGGCAAAAAGAGUGAGGAGGAUGAGAAUGAUAAUAAUAAUAAUAAUAGUAGUAGUGCAUUAAGGUACAAUAAUGCAGUAAUUAACUAUAAUGCAAUAAAUAGAAGUAGUGCAAUAAAUAGAAGUGGCACAAUAAAUAGAAGUAGUGCAAUAAAUAGAAGUAGUGCAAUAAAUAGAAGUAGCACAAUAAAUAGAAGUAGCGCAAUGAAUAGUAGUAUCGCAAUAUAUAGAAGUAGUGCAAUGAAUAACAAUAAUGAUCCUACUACUAAGAGUACUACACUAAAUGGAAACAAUAUGGCAGCAAAUGAAGCAACAACUAGCGAACAGAACAAAGUAAUUUCACGCAUUUCUCUCAUUAAACAUAACAAGAUAAACGAACUACAUCCUAAUUUGAAAAGAAUAGCGUUAGAUUCGAACAUUUUAAAUAAUAAAAUUAACCCAGCUGCUUGUGCACAAAACAACAGAUUAAAGAAGAACGGGUUAAGGGAAAAAGUGAAAGAAAAAAAUAGAUCUGUCCUAUCAGGUAUUAAUAAAAAUGAAAAGAUUCAAAAUAAAGCUAGUUUAUAUUGUCCUAUGUAUAUAUCAAAAAAAGAAAAUUGUCAACGUCAAGAGAAAAGUAGGACGCCUAUGAGUAAUGACAGUUUUCAUAGAAAUCUAAAAAAAACAUUAAUUAAUAUUAUUACGAACUCAACUAAAGACGAAAAUGACAGAGAUUAUGAUAUAAUUAAGAAAGCAUGUCCUGAUUUUGUAAAAAAAAGCGAUAAUACUUUAUAUAAAAGUAGUUUAUUAAAUAAAGAGAAAAGGAAACCAGAAAGUAAGUACUCUUCACCCUCAAAUUUUAUUAAUGCAAAUGAAAGAAAAUUGCUACGAAUAAACGAAGAAAACGUUGAAACAAAACAACAGUUAAUGAGAAGAUAUUCAUCCUUAGUUCACAAGAGAAAUUCUAUAUUUAAAAAAAAAGGUGCUACCGAAAGGUGUAGUGUUUCUAUUAAUGAAAAAAUUGAAAAUGUAAGUGAAAAUGUAAAUGAAAAUGUAAAUGAAAAUGUUAAUGAAAAUGUAUGUGAAAAUGAAAAUAGCCAAAAUAAACUAAUCAAUGAGAGGAGUGAAUUAUCAGCAUGUAAAAAGGAGAAAGUCGCUGGAACCAAUGAGAAGAAAGCCGAGGACGAAACAGGUAGAUCUAACAUGAUCUUACCAUUUAUUACAACUCAUAAAUGUAAGCAUGUGUCUAGCGUACUGUUUGAACGGAAUAAUAAUAUAUGGGGAAAGAAAAAUUCCCUAUUCAGGAAUAAAGAAUCAGUGAAUGGUAGUUCCCCUUUAUCGCUAAAAAAAAGCACCAUCGGUAAUGAUACUAGCAUGAUCCAUACUAGUUCCGUCUAUACUAGAAUUAGGAAGCCUAGUAGUAAUAAUGUUAGAAGUGAAAAGCCUUGCAGUUAUAAUAUUAGUAGUGGUAAAUCUGAUGGCAAUCAUGUUAGUAGUGGUAAACCUAGUAAUAUGCAGAGCAGUACACCUAGGGGUAAUUAUCGUAGUGGUAAUAUGUAUAAACCUAGUGCCAGCCCAGUGAAAGCUGUACAGAAUAAAAGUAAUGCAUUACCAACAAACAUAUAUAAAAGAGCAAGCACAAUGAAUAUGCCAAUACAAAAAAUGAAUAUUUUAGAUUCAAAUAAAGAUUUAGCAAAUGGUAGGGAAAUAGUGAAUGCUCCAAUGAAUCAGAAUGCUAAUGAACUAAGAAAAUGGUUUAAUGUUAAAGCUCAAAAUAAGUUGACUGGAAAUGUGAGGGAAAAUUUUACCCCCCAGAACAACAAACGUGUGAAGGAUUAUUCGGACGCAUUAAAAUUAUCUUUAAGCAAAAAAUAUGGUGGUACAUUAAAGAAUGAGCGAUACUUGCAGUUAGGUAUUAAUCAUGAAAAAAUUUCGAAGCCUAAGGUUAGCGAAAAAAUGAAGCAUAAUGCUGCUACUGAUAAUGCUGCUACUGAUAAUGCUGCUGCUGAUAAUGCUGCUACUGAUAAUGCUGCUACUGAUAAUGCUGCUACUGAUAAUGCUGCUACUGAUAAUGCUGCUACUGAUAAUGCUGCUACUGAUAAUGCUGCUGCUGAUAAUGCUGGUACUCAUAACUCGGUUUAUGAGCCAGAUGAUGACAAAACUGUCGGUGCUAAACAUGGCGGUGAUAAAAUAGACACCACACCACUCAGUAUCGAUAUAAAUAUAAAGAAUUAUGAACACGAUGCAGUUCUAAUAAGUGAAAGAAAAAAUGGUAAAUAUAAAGGUGACAUUUCAUCAGAACCAACUAGCUUUCACAAAACGUAUAUAUAUAAACAUACUAAAGAGAAUAAUUUAACUAUGGUAAAAAACAGCCUGAUUGAGCAAGGUAAUUAUAUUACAGGAGCACCGAACAUAACAUAUGGAAAAGAAAUUGUAACUAAUUCGGACCUUAAAAAGUAUAACUCAAACAAAAAGUAUAUAAAAACAGAUGAUAUUCUACCUUAUGAGCAAAUUAAAUGUGUUACCAAUAUAAUGGAAAAUGAAUUCAAACAUGGUAUGAACAAAACAAAUACUGAUAAGGUAACUACAAAUUCUGGUGAUAUAACCAGUUAUAUAAACAGUUUAACUGAUGAAAAUUCUGCAUUAAUAUAUGAUCAACAAAAUGAAAAGACUAUAAAUCAUCUGGACCUUGACAAAGCAAACGACGUGUGCCACAGAGAUGGAAGUAAAUAUUCAUCUAAUGAGGAGCUUAUAUGUACAUACGAGAACAUCAAAAGGAAGCAUGGGUCUACAGGCGCACGACAAGGUGGCACAAAGGGGAAGAGUUCUAGUGAGAAUGAAAAAUUGGAAGAAAAAUUGGCGGAAAGUUUAUCCAAGAAACUACACGAAAAUAUUGUAGAUAACUCUACCCAAAAUGAUCAAAUGAGCGGUACCAAAAAUAAUUUUACGCUUAAUUUGGGAAAAGAAAAAAGGACGGAUAUUAACAACCUGGAAGCAUUUAAAUAUGCUAAAGAAAUAAAAAGUCAUUAUAACAUAGAAGUAAAGAUAAAAAAAGAACUAAUUGAAAAUGAAUCAGCUAAGAAUGAUAACACCGAUGCUCUAAAUUUUGAGUGUCCUACUAACAAUAUGGACAAAAAAGAAAAGGAAAAAUAUGAGGAAAAUUGUAACAAAAUUGACCAUGUAUAUAUAAAAAAAGAAUUUACAGUUGAUGACUCAGAUGCAAGAAAAAGGAAAUAUUUCAUAAACGAAGUAAAAAUCGAUGAAGGGAUAAACAAAGACGAAAAAUACGAUAAACACGAUAAACAGUUAAAACAAUUGCUUUUAAAUCGUAAAAAUAACUUAGAAAAAAAGCUUCAACAAAAGGAUGAUUUGUCAGCUAGUGAUGCACAUGUAAAUAAGUUAGCUCCUUCAAAUGAUUAUCAUAUGGAAGAGGUUGUAUCGAAGGAGAAAAUAAAUGAAAAGGAGAUAAAUUUGUCCAAGGAUAACAACAACGGCGUUACAGUGUUGCUCUUAGACAAUGAUGCAUUGAAAAGAAAGAGCGAACAAGAAAAGGAGCAAAAGAAUACAGAGAAUACUUUAACUGGUAAAAACAAGAGCAUUUCAAUAAUUGGGGGAAAUAAUAGAACUAAAAAGUUCUUACUGCACUAUAGCAUAUGCAAAAUUAAAAAAAAAAAUGACAAAAAGGCAUACACAAAAAAAGGGGUAAACAAAGGAAAUAAUGAUGAGAUAAAUGGAAAAAAUGCUGACGAAAUAAAUGGAAAAAAUGCUGACGAAAUAAAUAGAGAAAAUGCUGACGAAAUUAAUAGAGAAAAUGCUUACGAAAUUAAUAGAGAAAAUGCUGACGAAAUUAAUAGAGAAGAUGCUAACGAAAUAAAUAGAGAAGAUGCUGACGAAAUAAAUAGAGAAGAUGCUGACGAAAUAAAUAGAGAAAAUGCUGACGAAAUAAAUAGAGAAAAUGCUGACGAAAUAAAUAGAGAAAAUGAUGACGAAAUAAAUAGAGAAAAUGAUGACGAAAUAAAUAGAGAAAAUGCUGACGAAAUAAAUAGAGAAAAUGCUGGUGAAAUUAAUAGAGAAAAUGAUGACGAAAUAAUUAGAAAAAAUGAUGACGAAAUUAAUAGAGAAAAUAAUAACCCGGUAGAAACAAAUGAACGUAGUGAAAUUGAUGCUUACAGGGAUAAUAUUAUUAUUCCUAUCUCAGAGGACCAAAUGAUCGAGGAAAAAAUUAGUGAUUUAAAUAUGCCACAAUCGUGUAAUGAAAAUUUUUCUUUACAUAAAUAUGGGAACGUUGUGACGAAUCCAAAUAAGAGCAGUACUUACAAUUUCUUUUCAAAUCGCAAAAAAAAAUAUUACAAUUUUAGUUUAAUUAAUCAUAAAAUUAAUGUGGGCAAGAGAGUUACAAGGUUAUGGAAAGAAAAACAAAAUGAAAUGAAAAAAGCAACUUGUGUCUUAAAAGAUAAAGCUCAACUGGGAGUUACUAAUACAGAGGUAUUUCCUGCUAAGAAAAAUAAUGAAAAAGAACAAGGUAAAUAUAAGAAAAAACGAAAAUUUGAAAAUUGUAUGACCAAUAUGACGACUUCACACAAGUUUAGGAAAAAAAAAAAAAUUAAACUGAGUUACUAUCCAUCGAAAAAAUGGGACAAUGUGUGCAACAGAGAUAAAAGGAAACACUUCAAGGAAUGUGAAGCGAAAGAAGUGAAUGAGGAAAGAAAAAAAAAAAUGUGUAAUACCAAGUGUAUGCUUAAGUAUAAAAAGGGCAAUAGUAAUAUGCAGCAAAAUCGAAUUUUAUUAAAUACUGAUGAAGAGAAUGGAAAGCAAAAAAAAAAAGAAAAAAAAAAGAAAAUAAAAAAAAAUGAAAUAAAAAUAAAUGAAUUAAAAAUUAAUGAAAUAAGAAUAAAUAAAAUAGCAAAUGUACAGGAGGAAGUACAAAAGAAGUACACAGACAAGGGUAGUGAAAACAUCUUCUUUUAUGAACAUGAAUGGGUAACCAUAAUUUUGCGAAUUAUAAAUAAUAACAAUUUCCAUUUAGCAGAAAAAUUGAUGAUUUUCAUUUUUCAAAAAGAGGAACAGUUAUAUAGACAGUAUUUUAUAGAAGCUAAGGAAGAAGCGUUAAAUAACAGGGAAGGUAAGAAAUGUAACAAAAGCGACUGCACAGGGGUGAAUGGAUGUAUAAACAAGAAUACAAAUAAAAGCUGCACCAGCAAGAAUGGUCAAGAUGAAAGAUUCUGCAUAGGAAAUAAUGAUACUGAAGAUGGAUAUUAUGGAGGUUGCAAUGAUCAUAAUGGCGAUAGUCGUGAGUGCAGAGCUGAGGGGAAGAGAAAGGGGAAGAACCUUUCUCCUUUCAUGGAACAAAUAUUUGACAACUGCCCUCAGGAAUGGCCUCUCUUAGAUGUAGGUAUUCUGAUUAUAGUUUCUCAAAUCGUUUGUUACAUUUUUAACAUGAACAAAUGGGACAUAUUUUAUGAGGGAUGUAAAAUAUUUGAAAAGUACUGCAUUGCAAUUUUAUUAAAUUCUUCUUUGAUUACAUCUAAAAAGGAUGGAAGCAGACUAUUAAUGUUUGAGCAUGACUUUUUCUAUAAAAUAAUUACACCAAGGGGGGGUGAGCCUAAAAGCGGUAUUAGUAAUGUUGGCUAUACAGGCUGCAGUGGACGUAUGAACAACAUUUUGAACUACCACAUGAAUUAUCUAACGAAUGACUACCUUAUUAAAGAGAAAACCAUAUUAGAUGUAAUAUUUCUAGCCUUGGCAUAUUAUAUAACUGUUAGUCAGAAUUUAAGUGAGUACAUUGAAAAGAACAAUAUUCUGUGCUACUUAAACUUUUUUCAAAAAAAUGCAGGUGUGAGGAAAAGGGGAUUAACGAAUGAAGAUAGCGAAAGGGGAAAGAAGGAAACAAAAAAGCGGGUAAAUAUGCCAGGAGAUCGAUCAAUUAGACCAAAUGGACCACAUGGACCUGAUGGAUCUAAUGGAUCCAAUGGAUCAGACGGACCUAGUGAAUCAACAAAUAAAACAAAAGAAGCAGGGGGAGUGAACAAAAUGGAACUAUCCCUUGCUAACAGGCGGAGCAUACAGAAAAGCAGAUAUGCCUUUUCCAGAUUUUCCGAAAAUUUGCAGAAUAGAAUAAAGGGAGAACCUCUGCAGCACGAAAAGAGCAAGAUAAAAACGUACGAAAGGAAUGUGAAAAGAAGGUUAAGCCUUCUUAGAACAACUAGAUGUAUAAGCGAAGUACAGAGGGGGAAGCAUGUAAAGGGUAGUAGUAGUAGUAGCCGUAGAAGUAGCAGUAGUAGUAGAUGUAGUAGUAGUAGCUGUAGUAGUAGUAGCUGUAGUAGUAGUAGUCGUAGUCGUAGUAGCUGUAGUAGUAGUAGUCGUAGUCGUAGUAGCUGUAGUAGUAGUAGUCGUAGUAGUAAUAAUGGUAGCCACGUUAAAAGGGGGGUAUACGAAGGAAUUGGUAGAGAUAGUAGCAUUAAUGAGAGCUUAUAUGCUACAGAGUUACUUACGCAAAAUGGGCAUAUAAAGAGAGAGGGAAACACCAAGGAACAGAGGAAAUCUAAAUCUAAAGGAGAAAUGAAUAGACAAAAUAUAGGAGCAUGUGAUAUAGAAAACUUUUUCCUAUUCAAGAAUAACAAAAUUAACACUAUUGUCAAAUACCAUACGAAUAGUGCCUUUGAAAAAUUAUUAUGUUUAAUAAUUAUCGAAAUUUUUAACCUGAUUUAUGAUACUAGAGAAUACUCAGUGGAAAAUAUACUAAUCAUUAGAAAAUUUUUUCGCGUUUUCCUUAAUUAUACACAGAAGAGAUUUAUAUAUUGGUCAAUACAAAUGCACUCUGUGGAAGUGAGUGACCUAGUGGAACGUUGCUCACUGGAAAUGUUGAAUACCAUUUUUACAGAAGACAUAUUAAAAAAUAUAAAUGUACAAAGUGUGGAUGGAAAGGCUAGUAUCGUUAUGGAUGAAGAGGAAGGGGGUGAAAAGAGUACAAUUAAAAAUUAUAAAGAGAGUAAUAAAAUACUACCAUUUCCUUGCAAAGUUUAUGACAACUAUUUUAAUAUGUGGAUGUGGAUUGAACGAAUAUUUAAUGAAAAUUUUUAUGAAAUUAAUAAUCUAAUGUACAACAAUACAUAUCAUUUUGAAAAGAAUUAUAUAGAGAGCGGAGAUAUAUAUAUCAACUAUGGAAAAAUAGAAUUAAUUAGUCAUAAUAUUAAAAGGUUUUCUUCUUUGCAAAAACAUAAUUGCGCUAUUUUAAAAAAAUACUGGAUCAUAUUUGGAUUAAAAGUAAAAAACAAAAAAAUGGAGAGUAGUAAGGAAUGGUUAUCCCCCAGUUCAUUACUUACAUACAACAGUUUUAGGGAUACUACUACUACAGCUUCUAAUAAUAAUAGUAAUAGUAGCAGUAAUAGUAGCAGUAAUAGUAGCAGUGAUAGUGACAGUAAUAGGGACGGUAAUAGGGACGGUAAUAGGGACGGUAAUAGGGACAGUAAUAGGGACAGUAAUAAUGAUAUUCUCCGGGUAGCUACGCAGGAUGCAUUUAAAAAUAAAUCAUUUUUUACUUUAGAAAAAAAAGACUACAGGCACGACAUACUUACGUUUCAUUUCUUAUCUUCCAUAGAAUCCAUUUGUAACGUUUAUCAAUCGAUGGAGGAAAUACCAUCAUUCUUACAUCUAAAAAAUAAAAACCACUUGAUAAAUUGCAUAAUUAAGAAGAAGAGAGAUGAUGACAGUAGUAUAAAUUUAGUACGGGCGACUAGUACAAAUGAGGGGAAACUCCUAUCGUUAAGCAGUACCACUUCACUCUUCAACAGGGAUGGCAAAGAUAACCAAGAUAACGAAGGUGACAAUGAUAACACGGAUAACAGGGACCAACAUAUAGGUAGUACUUAUCCCCUAAACGAGGAAUCAAAUGGCGACAUCCUCUGGUUAAAGCAGUUAAAAAGAAGGCUAAAAAUCUACGAUAUACAGUGGCAUGAAGAAUAUGAAAAGAGAUAUUUAAAUUUAGUUAUAUGUAUGAAAAUGAUGAAGAAUAAAUUUAAAGACAACAAAUUGUUUAACCAUAUUAUGAAGCGUAAUGUUUCGUCUAUUUGGCUAAAUAAGAAUCAAAUAUAUCUCCAGUACAUUCAAAUAGCUAUUAACUGUAAGUUCCUUUUAGGAUCCUCUUACCAUGACAUCUACCUGUUCAUAAAAAAAAAUUAUGCAUUUGUUCUCAAUCUAGUUUGGCGGAGCGUAAAUAAGCAGGGGUCGGAAAAAAAUAAAAAAAAUAAACUAAAAUAUAGCAAUAUGGGAGGAAGCAAAAUGAAACAAAACAAAGAAACGGAAAGACUCACCAGUGCCAGUGACUUGUGUGCAAUGGAUGAUGAGGCAAAUACAAACCUUAACACAUGCACCCAAUAUAAGUAUAAAGAAAAUUUGAUCGAUGAAAAAUUUUUUGCUAUGUCUUGGGAAAUAGCUAAUUUUUAUUUCUGUAUUCUUUACUACAAACUAAAACUAAGAAGUAUAUUAGUCGAGUUAUUAAAAUGGGUUGAAUUUUUUGAAAAAGUAAAAAAUAGUAUAAAGUUUGAAUCUUUUAAGUUUCGCUGCACUUCAUAUAUCUUGCAUAUUUUAAUUUUUAUGAACGAUUAUAAAUAUGCUCAUAAAGUUGUAAAGCAUAACUCGAAGUAUUACUUUAAAGAGAGUCAUCUGAGGAAUGAAAAACUAGAUGAUAGACAAGGAAAAGAUGUCUGCUCCUAUUGUGGAAGGGACCCACAUCUGAGUAGUUACUCAAAUUGGAGUAGGAACACCAAUGUGUGUAACCGCCAAUCAGGUAGGAAGGAAGCAAAUAGAACAGCAGGUAAUGAAAUGGAGGAGGGCGUAAAAAUGUACUGUAGUAGAAGUGUCUUUCCGUAUGAUGACAGAAAAAGCUUAUACUAUGCACAUAUAAUAAACAAAUGUUAUUUAUACGAAAAAUGGAUCAAUUUUUUGCUGAAAAAAUAUAAUAGUUUAAUUACGUAUUUACUAAUAAGGAAAAACAUUAUAAAAUUAAUUCUCUUUAAUAGUAAAAAUUUACGUUUUCUUAUGAUAAAGAAAAAGGAAAACAUAUCAGUAAAGAGAGUUAGUGCAAAAAUGGUAAGACUACAACAGGUUAUAUUAUCACUUUAUUAUUUAUGUGUCAAGUUGUAUAAAAAUUAUUAUUAUCAUUCAUCUAUAUUGCAUUAUAAUACAUCAAAACAAAUUUUAGAUGCAUCUAGAUAUUUAAAUAUUGUUAUUAAAAAAAAAGAAAUAACCAUGAAUUAUAUGAAUUUAUGUACUCCCCAGAAGGGGCAAAACUUGAAAGAAGAAGCAAACAGUGACAAACCAAGUUGUUCGAUUCAUCAUACAUUAUCAAAUAACUUGCUACAUGUAGAUACUUUAUGUAAGGACAACAACAAUAGAAACAGCAGUAAGGACAACAACAACAAUAGAAACAGCAGUAAGGACAACGUCAACAAUAACAAUAACAAUAAUAAUAAUAAUAAUAAUAGUAUAACAACAUUUUUGAAAAAUUAUUCCUUAAAUUAUGGACAACAUGAUUAUACGAACCUUACCGAUGAAACGUCCACAUAUUCGAAGUUUCAUUCAGGAUAUUAUUACCCAACUAAUAGUAAAGAGAACAAUGAAAAUAACAAUCAGGAAGAAAACUCCGACGAUAUGUUUUAUAUGCAUGCACUAAUUCUAAGUAUACAAAUACAAUACAUCUUAUCUAUUUGCAUCAUUAUUUGUUCGGACUUGUUUAAUUUUCCAAAAAAAGUAAAAAGACUCAUAAAAAUAAAUGAUAAAAAUACAAGUAUAAAAAUUUCAAAAAAUAUGCACAUGUACAUGCUCUAUGUCCCAACUUUAUUUAAUUAUAAAAUAUUACGUAAACAUUAUAGAAUAAUUAAUGGGUGUAAUUUUAAUAAGCACAAGAUGCAAAUGAAAAGAAAAAAAAAAAAGAAAAAGAAAAAGAAAAGUACCAUUGCUUAUAAACGAAAUGGUCAUUUGGUCAGUACCUAUGCACAGAAUAUUCCUUGUACAGAAAAAUUGAAAAAAUCGAACGAACAUUUCAUUUUUGAAAAAAAAAAAAAAAAAGUGAAAGUGAAAGGUUAUACUAAUAGAAUGUAUAACGAUAAAUUUGAUAACAAUGAUGAUUACUAUAAUCAGAAUGACUGUACGAAUCUCACUUUUGUGUCAAGUGGACAAAAUAUUAAACCUGCUGAUAUGGUGGUAUCUUCAAAAUAUUUACUGAAUCGGACGUACAACAACAGUGCUGAUGAACGAUAUAGCAGGGGGUGGAACUCGGACACCAUAGCUGGAUCAAUGAACAAUAAGAAAAAGUUGGACAAAUCAAACAGGUCGAAAGCGUUAAACAAAUUGGGAAGGUCAAACAGGUCGGAAGCGUUAAACAAAUUGGGAAGGUCAAACAGGUCGGACGCAUCAAACAAGUCGGACUCGUCGAACAAAUCGUACGCCAUUUCCACCUUCAGUGACGUCGUUUCUGGUUCACAUGGAAAUACCAUUCAGCCUCUUUUAAUAAAAAAAAAAAAUAGGGAAAAAUAUAUACAUUCUACAAUAUCAAAAGUAAAAAAAACAAAUGAAAGGAAUAUAAAUACAAAAAAUGGCUAUCACAUUUUAGUUAAGAUUUCUACGUGGCUCAGCAAAAACUCAGCUUGCCAGCUUACCUGGAUAGCACAGAAACUCUUCAAGAUGUGUUUGCCCGAAUUACUGUGCAUCGCUCUAACUCUGCAAGCGAACAUGUUUAUGAGCAAAAGCAUCUUAACGAACAUAAAACGAAUUGACAGAAUUUUGAGGCUGUGUGCAGAGAGUCCUCAGCUCGUGUAUUUUGCUACGGAGUCGUUAAAUAAUUACAAAAAUAAACAAAAUUUUAAGUUGUACAGAAAUUAUUUUAAUAUAAACAAAAAAUAUAGAAAAAUAUUUCUGAAAAAAAAAAAAGACAUAAACAAUUCUAGAGAUAUUCUGUACAAAUUGUGCGAAUAUUUUUUGAAGCCAAGCGAGAGCAACAAGCUAGCUAAUUAA